CUUGAUUUGGGAACUCAGAGCCUCUUAUUCUAUUUUCUCGUAUAUCACCAGGGGCGGACCGUAGUACAGACCCAAGGGGGUUACCGCCCCCGCAACAAAAAUAAAAUUAGUGUGUAUAUAUAUACAUACCAAAAAUAAUUUUUGCCCUCAAAAAAAUAAUUUUCGCCCCCCCGAAAAAUGUUUUGAACCCCCAAGAUGAAUUUCCUGGGUCCGUCCCUGUAUAUCACCCGUCUCAGUGCACUUCUUCUUCUUCUUCUUCUUCUGGAAGGACAACAGGACACUCUUCUAGCUCUCUACCCCUCUCUCUCCAAUUUGACUCCGUCGACCUUCACAAAACGAGAAAGGAUUAGGCUACAUAUACAUGGAUUCACAGGAUCGUGCUAACUUUCCAUUUACUAAUGAGAAUCAAUAAUUCCAGAAUUUGAACCAAUUUAACCCAAUGAACAAUCCGAUGAUGCAGCCUAAGUAUCACUUUGAUCCAACUACUGGAGCAUAUGCUGUCCACAUUGAUCAACAUAAUAGACCAACAUUUCCCUUCCAGCACAUGUUGAAUAUCCCUAUGGGCACUCAGAACUUUGAUAGAGUGAAUGCAUUAAACAAGAGAGCUAAAGACAUUCAAGAUCCAAAUCUCUCUAAAAAUGCAACAUCUAAGAAAGAUUGGACUACAGAAGAGGAGGUUGCUUUAACAGAAGCUUGGUUAUAUAUAUCCACAGAUGCUGAUGUGGGAACUAAUAAAAAAAGUCCAGCUAUGUGGAGUCGUAUAUUAGAAGUAUGGAAGGAGAAAACGGGGCCCGAGCACAAGAAAUCUAGGAAUAAUAAUAGCAUACAAUGCCAUUUGCACCAAAUACGAGGUGCAGUAGCUAAAUUUGUCGGAAAAUAUGAACAACUAGAAAGACAUCUAAAAAGUGGAACAAAUUCGGAAGACUUGUUGAGGCAGGCGCUGGAGUUAUACAAGGAUUUCUAUGAAAGUCAUUUCAAAUUUCUUCACUGUUGGACAAUCUUGGUUAAGAAUUCAAAAUGGUGCUCACUAAAUCUUACGAAGACGGGGUCCACACUAAAGGUAAGCCUGACAAAAAUAAUUCACCACUUGUAGGUGACUUUGCGACUAGUAUCCCCGAAGAUCAAGUUCCCCCUAAUGGCAUUAAUGCCGAAGGUGUUGCCGUGCUGUGCGCCCACAAGGAAGAAAAGCUUGUAAAGGAAAAAGCGAAAGGUAAAUGAAGAAAAGGGUGUUGUUGAUGCAUUGAAUAAGCUACAAUGUACUCUGGAUGAACAAAUGAGUUUCAAUAUGACAAGCUUGGAGUUGAGAAAAGAGAAUGAUGAGAAAGAGCAAGUGAUGUAAAAAGAAAUCUAUUAUAAUCUAAAAGAAAAAUGAAUAUGGAGCUGAGUUUCCCGCUGAAAAACGUCACUGCCAGUAUUUUAUGAUUAAUAGCUCAUUGAUUGAGGGUUUGGUGAGGUUUAUUACUGG